AUGUUGAUAGAUGAAGCUAAGUGUUUUAUGAUUCCAACGGUUGAAUCUCAUGAUGACACUUCACGUGAUAGCAUUGGGACUCUUGAUGCUAAUUCGUCUACCGCUGAUAAUCUCAAGCCAGAAAGGGAUGAUGCAUCAACGUAUCAGUAUUGGAUCCACUACAAGAUUCCAAUUCUCUUCCCACGGGAUUAUGAAGUCUGGGCGUUACACUUUGAUGACUAUGUUCUAGGAAUUGAAGAACAUGGUUUAACCAUAUGGCAAGCGAUGAUACAGGAGACACUUUCGCACACGGCAACCCACAGACUAUUCGUUGUCAAUAAAGCACAAAAGAAAAGACUGAAGCGGAAACCGGACUUAGGAGCUAAAAGGAAUGAAAUAUGCUCAAGAAGUGGAUUACGCCCCGCGACUGGACUAGCUGCAUUGAUCCAGGGAUUUUUGCAAUACACGCACUCAGACGCGAGUGGUGUGGAUUUGUUUGUGUGCCAGGGAUGGGCACAUUUGUUCCGGAUCCAGGAUCCGGUUUAUCGGGAGUUUUUGCUGGAGUUCUACGCUACAGUUUCCUAUGAUCAUAGGAAGGCACUCGAUGACAGGACAACUUUUGCCUUCAGACUAGGUGGAGUGAGCCGGGAAUGCAGCGUGAUAGAGCUUGCGACUCGGGUGGGUAUUUACACAGCCGAUGAGACGAGGAGUGUCCACUUCCUGGCAUUCCUUGCUGAUUGUCUUACGGAGCGGCCAGAUAACUAUAACGAGAACACUUUUUGGGCCGAGAUUACCGGGGCAGUUUAUACACCAUCUGCCGCGCGAGGGGGGAUGAUUCGGUCUACUACCUACCGAAUGUUGCACCGGACUGGACUAGCUGCAUUGAUCCAGGGAUUUUUGCAAUACACGCACUCAGACGCGAGUGGUGUGGAUUUGUUUGUGUGCCAGGGAUGGGCACAUUUGUUCCGGAUCCAGGAUCCGGUUUAUCGGGAGUUUUUGCUGGAGUUCUACGCUACGGUUUCCUAUGAUCAUAGGAAGGCACUCGAUGACAGGACAGCUUUUGCCUUCAGACUAGGUGGAGUGAGCCGGGAAUGCAGCGUGAUAGAGCUUGCGACUCGGGUGGGUAUUUACACAGCCGAUGAGACGAGGAGUGUCCACUUCCUGGCAUUCCUUGCUGAUUGUCUUACGGAGCGGCCAGAUAACUAUAACGAGAACACUUUUUGGGCCGAGAUUACCGGGGCAGUUUAUACACCAUCUGCCGCGCGAGGGGGGAUGAUUCGGUCUACUACCUACCGAAUGUUGCACCGGUUGAUUUCUAUUUCUCUCACACAUCACAAGAACAAGUUGUAUUUCGACGCGAGGAAGAAGUAUCAUCCCGACUGCCACGACAUGGUUGACACUUUCCUUGUUGUGGGGGAUUUUUCAUCGCGAGAAGAGGAUGUCAUUUUUGACGAGAUGACGUGGUCGACACUUUUCCACGUCAUGCUAUUCGUUGUCAAUAAAGCACAAAAGAAAAGACUGAAGCGGAAACCGGACUUAGGAGCUAAAAGGAAUGAAAUAUGCUCAAGAAGUGGAUUACGCCCCGCGUAA